AUGUUCUCUUCCGAGAUGCUCACUUAUAUAAUUCUGUUGAGUGUCUCUUUGGCUUCUUUAUCUGCCGUCGGCGUGAAUCCGUGUGCUUCCACGUGGCAUUAUUAUAAUGAGACCGGAUGUUGUUACAAGGUAAAACAGGGAGAGAAUGCAAACAACGAAUCCAUGUAUCCAGACUACAUCUGACAUCGGAACAUGGUUCCAAGGGUCUGGAAUGUGCUCUAACCUGCAGGCUGGAGCCCAGUUGGCCUCUCUUCGCAGUGAGGAUGAAUCAGUCUGGGUCGCGAUGAAGUACAAGAAUGGGCUCGACGGAAUCCAUGCGUGGACAGGUCUCUCUCAAACUGUAAGUGCUUCUGAAUUCCUUCGUUUUUUUCAAAGAUUAUUUCAGCAAGUUGCAAACAACUGGACCUUCACCGACGGUUCCAAGCCGUGGUCCUGGUUCUUCACCCCUUUCUUCCUGCUCCACAAUCAUACGAGCUGUGUGGAAAUUGUCGACAACUGGCUGGUGGACCUGUUUGAAAAUACGGGGAAAACACAACCGACUUUUUGUUUUCACUAUCUGAAGUCGUUGUGCAAGUACUGUCCGGCGCCCGUCCUGACUACACCUAAGCUCGCCACCACCACUACCGUCACUACAAUCAAAUCGAACACUUCCACUCCGCUUCUCUCGGCCACUGCACCCACCACACUGCCUUCGCAUACUGUGAAACUAGAGAAAGAAUCGAUUGCUCAUCCAAGAAGCAAUCGAUUCGGUGAGCAAGAAACGACGAUUUCUACCAUCUUCACAGCUCGCCCGUCUUCGAAUGCAACAACUGCAACGCCACUGAAACCAACUGCUACGGCCGCUUCUAUCAGAGUUCCAACCGCAAGAGAUAUUCCGUUGAAGGUGAAUGCCACAACUGUUGCUCCAAUAACUCGCAAGUCGACUUCUGGGCCAGUGACAACUACAGUGCGCCCGACGUCCGCAACGUCCACUUCACACACAGUCUCGUCUAGCAGAAUCCCAGAGAAAGCAGUGCCUGCUCGAAAUGCUCAAGUGGAAGCCACUUCGACUGCCAUCCAAAAGACUGACGCAGUUCCAAAGACAACUGCUGCGCCGGCACAAUCUUCUUCGAAGAGGAACCCGGAGAACAGAGUAGCCACACCAACGAACACUUCGGAGAUCGUUCCGUCAACAACUGCAACUGGAAGAACUGGAAUCCGUCAAAAUAGCACAACGACACACUCCUCCUCGGUGCUUCUGUCCCAUCCUCCGACCAUGCUUUCUUCUGCCAUUAUCCCAACUAGUUCUUUGAAUAAUUCGACAGUCGCUGUUCAUCCGUCGACGUCACCAGCCCAUAGAGUUCAGUUCCAACUGACUCAUAAUACAACUGUGGCUCCACCAACACACAAUGCCACAUCGACUACUCAGAAGUCAUCCGACAGUAUAGGAAAAUGUGCAUAG